UGCUGGCGAUAAACGCGAACGAAUGGCGCUUGAGUUGGCGAGACAGUUUUUAAGAUCCCGCUCAAUGCAACCCUCCUAGUUAAGCAUGUGCCGUAUUCAGUCAGUCAGUCCGAAGAAUAGAGUUGCUCUAGAUGUGCAUAUUGCUCAAUCCACUUAGCGGUACUUUACCGGUGGGAUAUUCGCUUGUCAAAUAAGUUUUGUUUGCAUGGUGCGCAUGGUUUUUACUUCAUAGGAGAUUUUUGACUAUGGAUAAGUGCUGGUGGUUGCAGAUUAAUCACAAAACAUAAUGGAAUAUUAGUGCUGAAAAUUGUACUUUCGAUAUGUGGAUUGAAAUGAAUGGAUAUAACUAUCAUAUUCCUCUAAAUCUAGUUUUUCGCCACUGGUUGAUUUUUCUUCGUGGUGCUUUUUCAUAUUUCUGCCCGAUUUAUUACAUGCAUUUACUUUGUCUCAGGUUUACAUGUUGAUUCUAAGCACCAAUUUGACUUAAUUGAGGGCCUUCGAAUUUACAACAACAGCUAUCGCGGUCUUACAAUUGUAGAAGGCAUUCAUCAUCUGUCUCCAGCUGUUUUGUUACAAGGCGACUCCAGGCAUUUACAGCUGCCUGCAGAAAUGUUACAGAAAGUUACAGAUCAUUUGUCAGAGACAAAUGAAUUUAGUUUCAUUGCAACUUUAAAGCAAGAAGAAAAAAAUGCUGGGACAAUAAUUUCUUUUUCCGAAGGAAAUAGCAGGUUUUUGGAGCUUCAAAGCAGUGGCAGAAAAGAUGAAGUCCGUCUUCAUUUUACUCAUAAAAAUACUACUUUUGUUGAAACAUUCCCAUAUCACUUAACUGACAAAAACUGGCAUCAAGUUGCCAUUAGUGUUAGUGGAAAUACAGUUAAUUUGUAUGUUGACUGCAAUCGCAUUUAUAGGCGGAUUAUUCCCGACAUUGACUACAACUUUACUAGUCGGAAUAUUUCACUUUGGCUUGGGCAGCGAAAUGCUCACCACUUUUUCUACAAGGGCUACUUACAAGAUGUUAAAAUAGCAACAGAAGCUCAUGGUUAUAGAAUUCAGUGUCCAAAUAUAGAUACAGAUUGUCCCACUUGUGGCCAGUUCCAACAAUUACAGAAUUCAGUACGUCAGUUGGAAAACCACAUUAAAGAGCUUACUGAACGAUUAGCAAAUGCUGAGCACCAUAUAUCAGCAUUACAGCAGUGUGAAUGCCAGAAGAGUUGCAAUGUCAAUGGUUCUACUCAUCCAGAUGGUUCAACUUGGAAGCAUGGCUGUGACAUUUGUUCUUGUGUGCAUGGAGAGAUAAAAUGUUUACCUAUGUCCUGUUCUUCAGUGCAGUGCAAAAAUCCUGUCUUUGUUCCUGGCGAGUGCUGUCCAGUUUGUCUUAAGAAGUGCCUGUUUGAAAAUGUUUCUUAUGAUCAUGGAGAGCGUAUUAGCCCAUUGAAAUGCGCAAUUUGUGAAUGCAAAAAUGGCAACAUGCAUUGUCACCGGAUUGAUCCAGAAACUAGUUGUCCUGCUCUUACUUGUCCUAAAGAAGAACAGUUUAGUGUUCCAGAUGAAUGUUGUAGCUUUUGUCCAGAUGUUGAUUACUGCAGUCAAGGGCAUGAUUGUCAUGCUGAUGCUGCUUGUUUAAAUCUUCAAACUCAGUACACCUGUCAAUGCAACAAAGGUUUUGAAGGUGAUGGCAGGCAUUGUGAAGACAUCAAUGAGUGCCAAAGAGAAGGAGGACAUGAUGGACAUCAUUGUCAGGAAAAUACUGUGUGUGUGAAUUUGCGUGGGGAUUAUGUAUGUGAAUGCCUUCCCGGUUACCAUCGUCUUGAUAAAUAUAACUGUGUAGAAAUUGAUGAAUGUAGUACAGGUGAACAUAGCUGUGAUGAAAAUGCCAUAUGUAUAAAUACAGCUGGAAGUUAUAAGUGUCAGUGCUUAAGUGGAUAUGAAGGUGAUGGAUAUCAAUGCAAACCUGUGUGUCACCUAUCCUGUCUGAAUGGUGGCACCUGUGUUGCCCCAGAAACUUGUUCUUGUCUUCAUGGAUACACUGGUUUAAGUUGUGAAACAGAUGUCGAUGAAUGUGGGUUAGGUCUGCAUACAUGCCAUCCCAACUCUCAGUGUAUUAAUAUGCCAGGUUGGUACUUUUGUCAGUGUCGACCGGGCUAUGAAAGUCAUCCAGAAGAUACCCUUGGAGCUUUUUGUCAAGAUGUUGAUGAAUGUCAAAUUGGUAGCCAUACAUGUGCAUUGUCUGCUUUGUGUGUUAAUGAUGAAGGCAGCUAUCACUGUGAAUGCCUUGAAAAUAGUUCCUGCUCUUUAAGUUGUCUCUAUUUUGGGGAAGAACGUUUAAGUGGAGAAAUUUGGUCAAGUGAUUCUUGUACUAGAUGUCGCUGCACAAAUGGAGUAGUAGCUUGCCAGCCUGUUGAAUGUGAUUGCACAAAACGUAAUAUAAACUUUGAGUGUUGUCCUCACUGUGAUCAUUCUUCUAGCUGUCAGCAUCAAGAAGCACCAAAGUCAUUUCGAAAUGGUGACCAGUGGAUUUAUCAGUGCCAAACAUGUGAAUGUCUUCAUGGAGAAGUUGAUUGUUGGCCUUUGGAAUGUCCUCCAGUAACAUGUGAUUCACCAAUUCAAAGGCCAGGUGAUUGUUGUCCACGUUGUGAUACUGAUCCCUGUUCUCUUGCAUAUAACACAACUCACAGUCAGCUUAGAGGUUGUGCUUAUAAUGGACUUAUUUAUAAACCCGGGGAGAAAAUACCUCUUACUCAAGAUCCUUGUUCUUCAUGUCAUUGUCAAGUACCAUUCUGUCAGCAUUCAGUGAGCAAUAGGGGUUAUAGUUUCCAUCGAAUGGACAUCUUUGCUGCAAAUACAGUAGCAAUUGCAAUGGCAACUAUGACAAUUUUUCUGAUUUGUUUCAAGGAUACAAUCACACUGCCAAUGACAAUAAUUUACACAGUGAUAAUAUUUUUAAGGACACUGAGGUUGAUGGCUCUCAAGAUUCAAAUCAUUCCAAUGUAUCAAUCUAUACUUCCAAGCCUAAAGAAAAGGACAAAGAAUUACUUUCUGUUUUGUUUCCCACGGUUAAGGACUUCAGUGAUGCAAGGCACAUACAUAACAGAAUUAAACGGGAAAAGCAAUCAUUCAGCACCAGAAACAUGCCUAUGUUUGGAAAUAUGAAGUUGUCUAAAGUCCUAUACGGUGCUGCUGUUGUUAAAGGUGCUAGUGUUCCAGACUUUCCAUCAGUUUCAGAUGAAUAAAGCUAAAACUAAUAUGAUCACAGAUUUUUUACUGUGAUAUUGAGUUCCUGCUGUCUGGUUAAUGCUGGCAUAUGCAAUAAUGGUUCUGAAAUUUCUAAAGUCAGUGGUCAGUUGAUCUUGGUCAUGAUUAGUUGUUGAAAGUAGUUCUGAGCAUUUGAUUUUUCAUCUAGACAUACAGUGCUAAUGAGUCAUCUGCAGGGCAGAUGACAUGAUCUUAAAAAUUGGACUUCUCCUUUAUGAAUUGGAGGUAUCAAGACACGUUUCUUUUAUGUAUCAUACUUGAUGCUAAUUUUUUAGUUACAGUGCAACAUUUUGAUACUUCUACAGAUAUAGAUUUCUUUCAGGGAGUUUUUACGCAUUUACAUACAUUAGCACAUUUGUCUGAAAUUUUUAUUAUAUGAUCAUUUGUAUAUAGAAUGUUGACUGCUUGCCUCCAUGCAAUUUGUUGUGUCCUUAAUUUAUUUCUAAUGUAAUUUAAAUGUACCAUAAAACGUGUUGAGUGAUAUGACAGUGUGUCAUUAUGGCAAUUUUUGCACAUAGUAUGUUAUGUACAGGGACCUAGUCCAAAAUAAAGGUGUGCCUCUUAGGCUAUUGCAAAUGUUCCAAGUGUUUUCACAAAGCUCCAUCCCCAUAAAUUCAAGAGCUGGACUCUUGAGUAUAUUUUUCUUCGUUUAUGCGUUAACAUUUGACAUCAUCAAAACAGGGUUUGGGACUGUUAUUUCAUUCUUUUGACUUUAGGAUGACUAGUCAUUUUGUGGCCGAAAUGCUGUUGCGAUCUUUGUAUAUUUUCAAAGAUGUAGCAAAUCUAAAGAUACAUUUGAAUAUGCAGUGCCUGGGUGGGGAUACGAGUGAUCAUCCAUGCUAUAAAUGCCAUAAAUUAUUUACAUUCCGGUACACUCUUAGGAACUCCAAAUAGAUAAUAUGAAUGUCUCAUUGGAGUUCUUGCUGGUAGCUGCUGUUCCUAUUACUCAGUGUUUUGUGCUGACAUUCCACAGCUUGCAUGCAGUAUUGGACAUAAUGGAUGACAGUCCAAUUAGCUUCUCAAUAGACUAGCACAAAAAUAGCUAUGCAAUUAGAUGUACUGUUCUAUACACAUAAAGUAGAAUUAAAACCAAAGUAGUUGAAAUGUAUCUUCUCUCUUUCAAUAAUGCUUACCAGAUCAGGCCUAUGCAAUAAGUCUUCCUUCCAAAAGGGUGUUCCACCCUUAAAACUUUAGAAUAGUUCAUUUUUGUCUUAAUAAGUGUUUUAUUAAAAUCUCUCAUCUUUGUUAUUUUACCUAUUUUAUGCUUAAUAUAGUAACUGUAUAAUCUUGCAAUUUUUCAGUACUCCACUGCCUGUUAACAUCUGUCUUUUACAAAAUAUAUGUUCAUUCAUAAUAGUUCUAUCAGUGCUCAAAGUAAACUCUUAGCGCUAAAAGUCACUUGCAAUCAUGAUCAACUGUGACUCAAGAUUUAGAAUAUAAAUGAAAUAAAACUCCAUUUUCAAUAGAAAUUUUCACAAGUUUUCUAGUCUUAUCUGUUGCAAUGAAUUUUUAGAUUUAUUAUUAUUAUAAUAUGCAAUUUUUAAAACUUUUUCUAGUAAAAUUUAUAUCGUUAAUGCUUAUAAAUUAUACAUUUUUUUCCCAUAUUAUGUACUUAAGUUGUAUGUGACUGUUAUGUAAUUUCAGAAAGGAGGAAUUCUGUAAGAAAUUACACAUUUUAAAUCAAAAUUUCUAUUGAGUUGCAAAGCAUACCAAGUAAAAUGAAAUGCAGAAAACAGGCUAAUGAAUAAUGAUCUUAAAUAAUUGUUAAUGCAAUAUAAUUUAUUUUUAACUAAAUCAGGAACUACAAAUAUUAGUAUUGUACAUUCAGAGCUUGCUGGUUACAAAAUAUUUAAAACAGCUAUUUGAUGUUGCCAGUAUAUUCACAUUUUAUUUUCAAGAUCUUUAGUUACAAAAGUUCGAUUCACUAACUACAUGUUCUCUCUUCAAUACUUCUGUUGCCUCCUUUUUUGUGCUGACUACAUUGUAUAAAAUACAAUUAUAUGCAUUGUUGUUAUUUUCAUAUCUAUUGAACCUUGCCUGCAUUCAUAUUGUUGUUAUUAUUGUUCUUUAUUUAUUUAUUAUUAUUUUUUAUUAUUUUUUUUUUUUUUUUUUCAUUUUUUAAAAUUAAACUAGUGCAAUCGCUUAAUUUGUCUCUCUUAGGGUAAAAUAUUUUGAAUUAUUUUUCUAAAGUGAGAAAGUAAGAUGUCCCACAUGGAACAGUCGUGCAUGUAUGAUUCAUGUUCAUGAAAGAAUCCAGUGGCUUUUUCUUUCAGUAGACUAGUCUAUCUGUGAAUAGUCAAUAUAUAAUGUUGUACUUAAUAUAUUUUGCCCAAGAGGAAAGCUUAUUAAUGCUAUUUAUAGUCCACACGUGCUUUUACCACAUUGUUACAAUCAUAUUGGGUAACAUUUUUCCUAAAAAAGUAAAUUGCUAACUGUACUAAUACUUUAAAAUUGUUGCUUGAUGUGUAAAUAAAAGUUCUUGUUUCUUUUUA